AUGCAGAAGAUUCCUUACGCUUCGGCUGUGGGGAGUCUAAUGUAUGCUCAGGUAUGUACACGUCCGGAUAUUGCGUACAUUGUUGGCAUGUUAGGCAGAUAUCUAAGUAACCCUGGAAUGGAUCAUUGGAGAGCAGCCAAGAGGGUUAUGAGAUAUUUACAGAGAACAAAAGAGUACAUGCUUACAUAUAGGAGAUUGGAUCAGUUAGAGUUCAUUGGGUAUUCCGACUCUGACUUUGCUGGAUGCCAAGACAGCAGAAGAUCCACAUCAGGCUAUAUUUAUCUGUUGGCUGGUGGAGCAAUUUCAUGGAGGUCUGCCAAACAGACACUCGUAACUUCAUCCACCAUGGAAGCAGAGUUUGUAGCAUGUUAUGAGGCAUCCAAUCAAGGAAUAUGGCUACGAAAUUUUGUCACUGGGCUGCAUGUUCUGGAUGCCUUAGUUUCAGCAUUCUGUUUAGCAUGUUCUGUAGCAAUCCUGAUUGUUUCAGUUCGCUAG